CAAAAUUGGCUCGUUCGUUUUGCCUUCCGCCUGCUGGGUUGUGCAUGCCCAGAACGAACCAACAUGUCUCGUUCACGCCUCUCGAAUAUUUUCCAUUCUCCCGAUAAGCAACGCUCAAGUUCCGUCUUAACACGAUCCUCUUCUCCUGCGUCUAGCUCCCAUUCCCUCGAUGCCAUACACUCUCCAUUGCAUCCCGACUCGAAUGAAACUAUAGUUCCCAGAAAUGCGGCGCCGAUAGUGCUAGGCAUAUGUGCCAUGGAUGUCAAAGCCAGGUCAAAAGCUAUGCGAGAAAUUCUUACUCGACUCGUCGAACGAGCCAGCAAUAUCGAAGUCAAAGUUUUUGGUGAUAAGGUGAUUUUAGACGAAGAUGUUGAAAAUUGGCCUCGAUGCGAUGUCCUUAUAUCCUUCUUUUCCACAGACUUUCCUCUCGACAAGGCCAUUUCCUACGUCAAACUUCGUCGCCCAUUCUGUAUCAACGAUCUGUCUCUACAAGCACUUCUCUGGGAUCGUCGUUUAGUUGGAGCUGUCCUCGACCACCUCCAAGUUCCAACUCCUCCUAGAUUAGAGGUUUCCCGUGACGGUGGCCCAACUGUCGAUCCAGAGCUCAAAGAUCUUGUGAAAACAAAACUUGGUCUUUCAGUCGGCGAUUUCCGUGUCGCUCCAGAGGUCGUCUUACGGGAAGAUGGCGACGCAAUUAUUAUCGAUGGGCAAGUCUUAGAAAAGCCAUUCGUGGAGAAACCAGUCAGUGGCGAAGAUCACAACGUUUACAUCUAUUUUCGUGGUGGAGGUGGACGGCGAUUGUUUAGAAAGGUCGGCAAUAAAUCAAGUGACCUCGACCCCACUCUGAAUCAUCCACGAACUGAUGGAUCGUACAUUUAUGAGCAAUUCAUUGAUGUGGACAAUUCGGAAGACAUCAAGGUUUACACUGUGGGACAAGAGUACACUCAUGCCGAAACCAGAAAAUCUCCCGUUGUAGAUGGGGUUGUCCGAAGAAACACUGACGGCAAAGAAAUACGCUUCAUCACUCGUCUGAGUGAAGAGGAAAAGACCUGGGCCAAAAAGAUCUGCGAGGGUUUUGGUCAGCGAGUGUGUGGAUAUGAUAUGCUGCGAUGUGAUGGCGGCCAAAGAAGUCAAGUCAUAGAUGUCAAUGGCUGGAGUUUUGUCAAGGGGAACGAGUCCUAUUAUGAUAGAGCUGCCGAAAUUUUGGCUGGCCUAUGCAUGCGUCUUUCAGUUUCUCCAGACCGACCGUUGUCCACUGAACAAGCACCAACUUGGCUUCUCAAGGCUAAUGUAACGGUCUUCCGCCACGCUGACAGGACUCCGAAGCAAAAGCUCAAAUUUAACUUCCCUAUCGGAGAAGAUUGGACGCAACCAUUUGUCACUCUACUUAAUGGCGAAAAGGAAGAAAUUAUCCUCCGUGAGAAAACUCAGCUCAGCUUUAUUUCGGCUGCAGUCAACGAGGCGAAAACUCUUGGUGCAAAUGGCGAAGACCUUGCCAAACUGAGCCAACUCAGCAAUGCUUUAUUGAGCAAGAUAGACCUACCUGGUACUAAGGCUCAGCUCAAACCAGUCUACUCCAAGCGUCAAGCGGGACAAGUCAGGCGACUCACCAAGUUGACACUAGUAUUCAAGUGGGGUGGCGAAUUUACCCAUUCGGCUCGUUAUCAGUCAAGAGAUUUGGGAGAAAACAUGAAAAAGGACAUUUCUAUCAUGAACAAAGAUGCACUGAACAAUGUCAAGAUCUUUACUUCCUCCGAGCGGCGUGUCAUUGCUUCCGCCGAAAUUUUUGCAGCAGCUCUAGUCGAUUCCCAAAACUCGGCUUACUCUGCUCCACCGUCCACGGCAAGCUCAAAUUCCAAUUUUUCAGCUCCAACGUCCAACGCUAGCUCGCUGUCCUCUCGGUCCUCCACUGACAUGAGUAACUUGAACAAAGGACAACAGACACCCCUCAACCUUAUUGUCCGCAAGGAUCUUCUUGACGACUCAAACGCCGCAAAGGACCUGAUGGAUGACGUCAAGAAACGACUCAAAAUCCUUUUGCGUCCAGGAGAAUCAGAGAAGAGGCCUGAGCUUACAUGGCCUAAGAGCAUGAAUAAAGAGCCCGUUGAGGUCGUUAAAGAGGUCAUCGAAUUGCUGAGCUCGUUCAGAGGCACCAUGCACAAAAACUUCGAGAAUAUGGAUGUUGAUAAGAUUCAAGAGAGAUGGUGCUGUGGUGAUGAACCUUGGCUAUUUCGUGAACGGUGGGAGAAAUUAUUCGAAGACUUUUGCGACGUCGAGCAGAAAAAAUUCGAUCCGUCCAGGGUUUCCGAACUAUACGAUACGAUCAAGUAUUGCGCACUCCACCACCGUACUUUCCUUUUUGCAAUUUUCGACGAGCAUGGCCGCUCAGAUACUGCUCAGCCUCCUGGAGACCGAAAACUCCACGAGCUCUAUGGACGCGCCAAAGCUUUAUUCGAUUUAGUGGCCCCACAGGAAUAUGGCAUAGAGCCCGAAGAAAAGGAAGAGAUUGGCGUUCUAACCUCUCUACCGCUACUGAGAAAUGUCGUUGCCGAUCUAGAGGCCGCACGAAAUCAUGGUGGGAGCUCUUUGCGACUUUACUUCACCAAGGAAAGCCAUAUCCAUACCUUGGUUAAUCUUGUCCUGCAUUCUGGUCUGCCAAUAGCAAAUCGAAGGAUUCCGGAACUCGACUAUUGUUCGCAUAUCACUUUUGAGCUCUAUGAACGCAACCACGGUCGAGGGAUGUCUGACAAAGAAUACUCCAUCAAGCUUUCGCUCAGUGAAGGGGCGCACUCGUCAAAUGUGCUCGAUUCAACCCUGGAUGCACGCCAUUCGCUCAAUGUACAGGCUCGCAAGAAACUAACGCAACAUCUUCCCUAUUCACUCGUGAUCGAAAAGCUUUCCAAACACUUUCAUAGGAUGUCUGACGACAACGACACUGACGAUUUCGAGACGAUCAAGCCCCACCCUGUUCUGGCCAUGGCUGGUAACGGCGAUUCUAGUUCCAGUGACCUUUAG